CGCGCGCUUGCUUCCUCAACAUGGCAGCCGCUAAGGAAGGUUGUGGUACGAGCGAAGUGGCGGCAGGGAACGGGCGGAGACUUCAUCUGGGGAUUCCUGAGGCCGUGUUUGUGGAAGAUGUAGAUUCUUUCAUGAAACAGCCUGGGAAUGAGACUGCAGAUACAGUACUAAAAAAGCUGGAUGAACAGUACCAGAAGUAUAAGUUUAUGGAACUCAACCUUGCUCAAAAAAAAAGGAGACUUAAAGGUCAGAUUCCUGAAAUUAAGCAGACUUUGGAAAUUCUCAAAUACAUGCAGAAGAAAAAAGAGUCCACUAAUUCACUGGAGACCAGAUUCUUACUGGCAGAUAACCUGUACUGCAAAGCUUCGGUUCCUCCUACUGAUAAAGUGUGUCUGUGGUUGGGGGCUAAUGUAAUGCUUGAAUAUGAUAUAGAUGAAGCUCAGGCAUUGUUGGAAAAGAAUUUAUCAACUGCCACAAAGAAUCUCGAUUCUCUUGAGGAAGACCUUGACUUUCUUCGAGAUCAAUUUACUACCACAGAAGUCAAUAUGGCCAGGGUUUAUAAUUGGGAUGUAAAAAGAAGAAACAAAGAUGAUUCUACCAAGAACAAAGCAUAAUGCUACCAAUUAAACAUACAGUUCAGUUUUUCAAACGUGUUACUUUAAAUAUUCCAACAUUUAUCCUUAAAGAUUGAUAUAACUUUGAGUAAUUUUUUUUAACAGCAAGAAUGAUUUAAACUUUAAGAAAAGAUAAACAUGAUUUUAUUUAUGUAUAAAAACAAAAUUUGUUUCAAAUAUUUUAUGAAAUUAGCAAUAUUUUUUUUUUCACAUUUCCCAGCAAAGUUAAUGCUGCUUUCAUCUUUUUUUUUUUUUUUUCCCCUCUGUCAUAAGAAAACUCUUACCUGAAAUGCCUAAAAACUGUGAGGUAUGCUGUGGAAGCUGAAUGCUGGACACUAGCACAAUUUACUCUUUAUUGGCUGAUCUUACUUUCACUUGAUGUGGUUAAACCAUUUUAGAAAUAGGGAAGACAGUUUGAAUAUUUGUAAACUUGUUUUUCUUUAGUACAUGUGGGACUUUAUGGUCCUCUGUUGCUGCUGUUUGCUUUCUGUAAAUGGGGUUUCAUGAAUUACUGCUUAACCAAUAACUAUUAUGAUAUUCUUCACAUUUGGGGAAAUGGUAAUUUGCCUUUCUACAUGGUAAGAGGGCUAUUGAGACAACGCUUUUUCUAACCCCAAAUAAUUGCACAGUGUCUUUGCAUUGCCAAUGUAAGGGAGAUCUUGGCCAAUAUGAAAUAAUAUUACCCAUUCAAAACUCUUUACUAAGGUGAUUUUGUGUUUCUUAACAGUUCUCCAAGCAUCCUGAACAGGAAUAUUAAGAUAAAUGUAAAUCUGUAAUGGUUGAAAGGAAUUGUGAGCUUUUUCAUUCGUGAUAAAACCUCAUAGGAAUAGUAAAAAAAUCCCUGUGGAAAGCCAUUGGUAUAGUGACUAGUACUGGGUGAUACAGAUUCUGAUAAAAAUACAAAUGUAUUAUUCCACCUCCAUGUAGUAAAAAUAUACUUGUACAAUGUUUUGUACUUGUAUUUCAUGUUAUUAAACCAGUGAUGUUAAAACUG